AUGGGCAAACCAAGUCUCGUCAAGGCGACUGUGGAAGCCGUCCGAGCUUGUCCACCUGAAAUUUUCAAUGUCUGGCUCUUCUUUUGUACCGCGGUGUGGAGUUUCUCCGGUGUUGCAAAGGGCUUUGACGAAGGUAGAUGCAUCACACUCUGGGUAUCCUCGAAGAAUUCUGGUACUAAUGUUGUAUCAGGUAACAUUGCCUCUAUCGUUACUCAAAAGACCUUCAAGAAGCGCUUCGGCGUUGACCACGAGACCGAAGCGCAAUACGCCAACACCAAGGGAUGGCUUGUCUCGAUCGCGACUGCAGGCGCUGUAUUCGGCUGUCUGGCUUGCAUCAAUCUUGUGCAGCUAUGGGGAAGGAAAAACACGAUGCUGGUUUUCACCAUCAUAUACAUUGCUGGCAUCUUCGGUCAGACUUUCCCCAAUGGCAGCCUCUCAGCAAUGUACGCCAGUCGAUUCAUUGCUGGUAUUGGCAUCGGUACCACAACAGUCAUUCCGUCUAUUUACAUCACUGAGUACGCAUGCUGCCAGCAACUGGGCGUCGUCUUCGGCUUCUUCUUCAACUACGGCAUCACCAAACACCAUGCCGGUACUGAACUACAGUGGCAACUUCCGACAGCACUUCAGAUUGUUCCAGCCAUUAUCUGGGGCAUCGGAAUCAUGUUCACUCCAGAAUCACCGCGCUUCCUACUUUCCAAGAACAAGCCCACCGAGGCGUUGCGAGUACUCUCGAACUUCCGCAAGCUACCAGAGACCCAUCCAUACGUACAAGAAGAGUUCAAUGGUAUUGAGCGACAGCUGAAUGCCGAAAUCGAAGCCGUGAGCGGUGCCACAACAUGGGACUUGCUGAAGGAAACGUUCACAGUAACGGAAUAUCGCCGACGCUUCGUCCUCAUGUUCUCUUGUCAUCUGUUUGGUCAAUGGUCGGGCGCCAAUGCCAUCACUCAAUAUUCGCCAUCAAUCUUCGGUUACCUUGGAAUUGAGGGCGAAGAGGCGCGCUUCCUAGCAACUGGACUUUACGCCAUCGUAAAGUUUGUGUCGGUCCUGAUCUUUUCAAUCUUCGUCAUCGACUUCAUCGGUCGCCGAAGAUCACUCAUGCUUGGUAUCACCCUUCAAAUCCUUACGCUAUCAUUCGUCGGUGCAUAUCUUGGUGUCACCAACGGCGACACGGCGGCUCAAAUCAAAGCCAGCGCGAGCGCGACAGCAGCCAGCAAAGCCAGCAUUGUUGCCAUCUUCAUCCACGCUGUAGCCUGGUCGAUUGGCUGGUUCUCGAUCCCAUAUCUGGUCUCAGCAGAAGUCUUCCCAAUUCGCAUCCGCUCGCUCAACGUCUCGAUUUUGAUGGCUUUCCACUGGCUGUUCUACUUUGGAUGUUCCCGUGCGAUGCCCAGUCUACUCGCUGCCACCGACCGGUACGGCGCUUUUGCAUUCUUCGCGUGCAUGUGCUGCUUCUCCCUGGUGUACGUGUUCUUCGCGCUUCCGGAGACAGCUGGCCGGUCUCUUGAGAGCAUGGACAAGCUGUUUGAACGCUCCUGGUACACGGUUUACAAGGUCGCGUACCCAACUGGAGCCGAUCUUGCUGACAAUGGGGGUCGUGAUGCCGAGAAUAAGAUGUCCGAGGAAGAGGAAGAGAAGGGCGGGGAAGUGCACAUCGAGAACAAUCCUGUGAAGAGUUAG